AUGGAGGUGUUCCAGGUGGCGCACUUCGUGCGUCUGCGCUCCUCCGUCCGCAGCAGCAGGUACCUCGCCGCGGCCGACGACGGGACGAGCGUCUUCCUGUGCGGCCGCCGCGGGGUGCACAACGCGGUGUGGGCCGUCGAGCCGGUGAUCGGCGUCAUACCGGGAGCCAGCGCGGGGCCCUACGUCCGCCUCCGCGGCGCGUACGGCCGGUACCUCGUGGCGACCAACUACGGCGCCGGGAGGGGGCCAUCCGACGGGGUCGUCGCCGAGCAGCGCGACCUCGGCGUCCGCCCAACGCCGCCGGGGUACCUGUGGCAGGCGUUCCGCCGGCGCGACUCCUUCGUCCUCCGCAACGGCGCCGGCCGGUACCUCCGCGCCAACGGCAGGUUCCGCAGGUGGCACAAGGACGUCUCCGUCGCCGGCGACAACGCCAGCACGAUGAUGCAGUGGAGGGUGGAGGUCGUGCCCCCCAUGGCCUCUCGCCCUUCCCUCGUCGACCUACCGGCCCAGCUGAUGCACCGCACGAAUCCGCCGGUGGAAUCCGACCUGUCGCGGGUGAUCCGGUACGUCCGAGCCGACAACGCCGGGAGGUACGGCGAGCAGGAGUGGGCGCCGGUGAGGGUGAACACCAACAACCUGACGCACCUGCGGCUGACGAUGGCCGAGCGCUUGGGCCAGAACUGCGACGCCGGCCAGAUCACGCUCUGCGUCCGCGCCGGCCGCUAUGCCCACCUCUCCCCUCUGCUCGUCGACCUGCCCAUGGGCAACAACCCCAUCCACAUCGUCGUGCUCAAUCACGGGACACCAGCGGAAAGUGCGUUGCGGUACCCCGAUGUGGAAGCGUAGAGUAGCAGUAGACUUCAGCAAGGAUGGACAGCUUGGACGUCCUACAAAAGUGACAUCAUUAAGAUUUGUUUCAUUCUUUUAGAAAUAGUACCACUUGGAUCAUUGCUGAGGAUCAGUUCAGUAAAGUAUGAAAAAAUGCACCUCUGGUGUAUUCCCGAAAAGAUGGUGCUAGUUUUGGUUGAAGAAAAUCAACAGAGUAGUUUGCUAGUUUUACUGACAAUAUUCAUAGAACAGGGAACAGUACAGGGCAUUGACAUAGAACUUUCUCUGAAUAUAAUGAUAGAAUAGGUAUAGUGUAUUUUUGUGUCGCC